AGGAGUGAUCUUCCAAUCUAUAAGUAUAGUCAUCAAUCUUGUUAACAAUAUGUAGACCUGAACCAUCUCCCACCUCCCAAAACCCAACCAUCCCCCCCAAAUCAUGGUUACUUCCUUUUUGCUGUCCACCCAGCCUCCUUUAGCUGUCUUCUUCUUCUUCAUCUUCUUGCUCUUCUUCAUCGACACCACUUCAUUUCACGGGGCAGGCAUUUCUGCUUCCUCCACUCCUUUUUCCACUACCAACGCGACCGAGAAUAAGGAUGAAGCACAGGCUCUCCUGAAUUGGAAAUCUACUCUUGACAACCAUAGCCAGUCUCUCCUCUCUUCAUGGCACAGCGACAAUCCUUGCGGCUUUACCGGUGUCGUUUGCGACGACUUUGGAGCCAUCGCCCAUCUAAAUCUUUCCUAUUUCGGUUUGAGAGGAACUCUAGACGGCCUCAACUUCUCCCGCUUAACAAGUGUGGUUAGCUUUGAACUUGCCAACAACUCGAUCUAUGGCUCCAUUCUCUCAAGUAUCGGUAACCUUUCCAAACUCAACUCUCUUAACCUUUGCUUCAAUGAACUAUCCGGGGACAUUCCUCCAAAUUUAGGUAUGCUAGAGAGUCUUCAUUAUUUGUAUCUAUGUGCAAACAACUUGAGUGGACACAUCCCUUGGGAGAUUGGAUGGUUGGGUUCUCUUUUGGAACUCGGCUUUUCCAAAAACAAGUUCACCGGGCCCAUUCCUCCUUCUCUUGGAAAAUUAGGUAUGGGUCUCGAAAGUCUAUUUCGGUAG